UAUAUAUACUCAGUAAACAUCUUCAUAAAUACACAUAUACUGUAGUUAUCCUUAAUGCCGUGAUAGUUUCCCUCAGAGACAAGCUGAACACUCUCACCCUCUCGUGUUUCAGUUCCUCUCUUGGCAUUUAGUAGAUCCACACUGACAUUUACUGUUGUAGAUCCACGAGUAUGUGACUAAGCUUCCUUUGCAUUCUGUCACUAACCUUUAAUACCCUUUAUGACAUCCUCAAUGUAAAGCGCCUCUUACGUUUCCAUACUGAUAAUAAUAGUGCAUCUGGGAAUGUCUUCCCCAAGUAAAGGCGCUGUACUUCACUGAAAGUGUUUCUCAGGCACAAGUAAGAAUAAUUGUGGUGAAAAUAAAUAAAUGUAUUACACAGUUUUUAUUAUUCUUACCAUUACAAGGCCAUUUUAAUAUGAAUAAUCUUAGUAAAAUGCUGAAAAUAUGCUGAUUCCAGCUUCUCAAAUGUGAAUAUUUGCUAUUUUUCUUAAUCCUCUAUGGUAGUAAACUGACCUUCAGGUUAAAACAAUUUAAUUAAUAAUGAAAAUAAUGCUUAUUUGCUGCCCAAAUGCACAAACAAUUAGUACCACUUUUGCCUCAUAACUAUCUUCUCUACUGUACAUGUGUAUGCUAGUAUGGCUGAAAACACUGCCCCACAGUGUUCACGCAAAGUGCUGUCGGAGCAGACACAUGUAUUUGUUUGCAAACAUUAGACUGUCCAGUUCCUGCUCAUCCCCUCGUCAGGAAGACUUCUCUGUAUUAGGAGAAGUAGAUUAUUCUGCAGGAGUGGUUUUAUAAGUUUCUAUAAGCGUUACUUUUCCCUCCCUUGUCACUAAAUUUUUGGAGCAUCACUUUAUAUCUGAAUCUCGCUGUUCAUCCUUUACUCAGCUGAACAAUGCCACCUGUUGUUCAAAAUAAAAUCGUAGUCAAUGAUUGGACCAGUCACAUGCAGUUUUACCUAAUUUAGUUCUUCUGAAAGUGUCCAAUUCCAAAAGUCAUCAGUGCAUACCCUAUACAUCUCAGCAGUUGGAUACUUGAAUUUAAUAACGUGUACGUUUAUUUCAUUUCACAAGGCAAACGGGCAUGUAUUACAUACUAUAUAUAUAUAUAUAUAUAUAUAUGGGGAGUUAAUGUCUUGAAUCAGCGUAAUGUAGUUUAAUAUAGUAUGUAUAAACAAAACCAAAAAGUCUGUCAAAGUGCAGCAACAAAAUGUGUUUACAUGCAAGGAGAAAACACGAGAUGACGGGGAAAGAACAGAAGAGACGUCUUAGACAUCAGUGCGAGGAGUUAAGUUUCACGGCUGCCACACACAUUUAAGCCCACAAGUUUCCAAGAGAAAGUAUAGCCAGGGCUGGCAGAAUGUGCGAAGUGUGGGAGUGGAGACUAGGAGAGGUGACUGGACAGUAGCCACAGCACAGAGCCCCAGUGCUUCUCAGGACAUUGUGUUCUCUGUUAGCGAGGUGGUGCUCCAUUUUUAACCAUUCACCUUGUCCCGGUGCCAAACAAAUAGCCUAUAAUAAAAGAGGCCUAUGCAGGUCACUUUAUUCAAUCGUAUAACCUCCCACAAGUACUGAGUUCAGGAAAAGCAGAUCUUUUCUGAACUAAAAACAUUUAUGUGUUUAGGUGCACUUUUUGACUUUCAUGUGGACUCACAGGGGGUUAUACAGAGGCAAUAACAUCUGCCUCAACUACUUUAUUUGGUGUAUACAAACUUUAUGCUUUAAUGAAUGUUUAUGGCUUCAAGCAGUUGUUUGCAUACACAAAUGUCCCUGAUGCCUCCAUUUAUUUUGCAAAACCAUGUCUUGAUAUUGAAUAUUUUCCUAAUUAUGCAUGUUAUAAUCAGUUAUAAUCAGUAUUUUUAUAAGCAAAAAUGCCAAAUAUUCUCUGAUCCCAGCCUCUCGAAUGUUAGAAUUGGCUGCUUUUCUCUGUCCUAUGUCACUGGAGGUUGAAUAUCUUUGGGUUUUGUGGUUGAUAAAACCAUCAGUUUGGGAUUUUUCAAUAUUAUUUGAUAUUACAUAUACCAAACAAUUAAUUAGUAAUUAGUACAAGUAAUCAAGAAAAUAAUCUGUCAGAUUAAUCCAUAUUGGAAAUAAUCAUUAGUGCCAGCCCUACAAUUAAACAUAUUGAUAAUAAGUCAGACUUUUCUUUGUAAUUAAACCAUUAAAGACACUUCACAACAUAAAGACAGCAAAAAAUGCAAGAUACUGUUUCAUAAUUAUUCGAGUUACAAAGGUUGCAUGAUGAAGUUUUACUAUUUAAAGGAGCUAAGCCCUCUGCUGAAUAUCAUUUUACCUUUACAUUUUUUCCACUCUUGAUGUCCGUACGUCAGUAGGUGUUCAAACUGCAAGGUCAACUAGGACGCACACACACACACAAACAAACAUGGAGCUCUUUGUUACAUAUUAUACAGCCUUUCUGAACAUUCAUGCAGUCAAGGAUGCCUCCAGACAUCCUGAUAAUUUUGCUGUCACAUUAACUAAACAACAUUUUAAUCAUGCACCAGUAGACAUGGCAUUGAUUUCCCAGCUGCCAGGCUGUGUGUGUUCAGGCUGUGCAUACACAUGCUUGUGUUUGGCAAAGACGGUGAGAGACGAGUUUGAGUACCAGUCAUGGUGAUGUUACUUUUUUUGGAGUUAGUUUCACUGUAAAGUGUAAGUGAUAUACACGAUAUUUGCUUUGUGUCAUUAGCUUCAGAGGCCAAGGGGUCUGUUUAUAUCUCCCCUGCAGGGUUUAAUAACCUUAAAGUGUCCCCCCUCCCUCCUAAGGAAUACAAGAUGAUGUGAUAUUGUCAUUACAGUCAUACAUGCUGACCUUUAAUGUGCAGCAAAAUAACAGUUUAGACAAUCCUGUGUUGCAGAAUCAAUUUCUUUUUGUCUUUUUACGACUUUUAAAUAAAUACUUUACAUUUUUUGUGUUAAAAAAAUAUGGCUUGUUGCAUGCACACCGCUGUAUAAGAAAGUUGACUAUACAUGCCCCUCAAAUUGACACAACAUGCUGCACAUGACCUACGUUGUCUGUCAUCUGUUGGCAUCCAAGGACAGGUGUAAGCGUCCCUGUCCCUCCCUGAGUGAUUGAUGGCUAGUUUCACCCCCAUCUGUUUCUGCCCUGUCAGAGUCACUUGUUCUUUCUGCUGCAGCCAUCUUGUGCAAGUGAAAGAGAAUAAUAUGCAAGCUGGUGUGGUGACUUGUCAUGAAAUAUGAGCUGACAGGUGAACUCCUCCCCUUUCUCUUCCCUCACCUUACCCUGCUUGACUUUGCUUUAACUGCCAGGUUCACAUCACUCUUUGGUUACGGCACCCGUGAGCCCACAUUUUUGGCUUCGACCACCAGAGUGAGGCGAGUUUGGCUGGGGUCACCGUGGCUCAGUUUGCGGUCUGUGCCUCUGUUGUCAAAAGUAUUUCAUGGUGGCUUAAGCAAAGCUGGAUUCCUCCUGAGCUCUAUCACCCACAAAUUUAUGGGGACAAAAUGAGUUUGUGAAACUUUGACAACAAAGUUGUCAGGAAAUAGCUUGAGUAAACAACUGUAAGUGCAUUGGAGCAUCUAGUUAUUUAAAUACUUUUGACUUUAGCAUUUAUUCUCUGUCUAUUCAGUGUCUGUUUAUUCCUAGUUGUUGACAUAAACACAUGUCUGUUGUUGGAAUAAAUCAUACAUAUUUUGAUUUAUAGGGAACAUGGAUUCUGGUCAUAUUACAAGAGCUAAGUUAAAACUGAUCCCCUACUUUCUUGAGGGAGGUUAUCAGUGGAUGUUUUUGUCAGAGAGUAGGCACCAUAUUAAUCAUCCGAGUCACUCAUCUCUUCUUUCAGCAGAAUGUCUGCACAUCUUACUCUAGGUCUCCUUGGACAGGAACUGCAGGCUUACUCUUUCCAAUGACACUGAGUGCAAGUUACAGGCAUUCAAGAGAUAAAGAGGGAAUUUGCAUUGCAACAUGGUUCUCAUUCACAAUUGUACACACAGACAGACCAACGUUGAGCAGUGCCACAUAACCAGCAGCCAAGUCAUUUCAGACUUUUUCUAUGAAUAUUAUUUGAAUAACUGUUAUAAUUUAUAAUUUGAAAAUUUGAAAAAAUAAACCCACCUGUGAGCUUGUUCUCCUUUGUUGGACACUUGUGCAGUCCACUCAACGAUGUGGACCAGACAUGUCCAUCUGUUGCAACAAAUCAAUGCCAUUAUCAUUUGAAUAGGAAAAAAUGUACAAAUGAAUGAGCAUUGACACACUUGUUUUACUUUACACCGAACAAGUACUGUGUACAGUGACCAUUUUGACACCUAGCAGGCGAGUGACGGUGGUGGGCUUAACACUUAAAGGCUCUCAAAUGUCUCAUAGCUUCAAGCAGUGCCAAGCUCCCACCCCAAACACUUGACCCCUGCUGACGUAGGCAGUCCAUUUACAUUUAGGGACACCGGCUCACUCCAUCCUUUAUACUAUUUCUAGUGUGGAGAGAAGCAGGCACUGGGGAUAAAGUGUGAGAGAAACAGAGAAGUAAUGCUCACUUUACUUAGGUUUUCAGUUUAAUAGGUUUUAAAUCUUCAUCUGCAUUGUUGGUGAUUUGUUUUUUUUUUUUUUAGCUUGAAUCACUUCUUUUCCACUUUCUGUAUCUUAAUUAGUUUGCAAACCAACAGGGAGCACUGAAGGGUAGAGCUGGCUACGAUUUUUGAAAAAGUCUUUUUCCCUGUUUCACGGACGUUAUUGGUCCGAUUUUUGUCUCAAGUUGGUGUCUUAACGUGAUUUUUAAAUCACUGGAAGCCAUGAGUUCCUUGUUGAUGAACACAGUAGGAGAUGGCCACGGCGCAAGCUUUGACCUCAUCCAAAAUAGGAUUGAGUCACUGAGCAGUAAGAUGGACAAGCUCAUCAACAUUCAAGAAAAGGUCCUCAACCGACUAGAUGGGAUGUCUCAAGACAUUGACUUCAUUGAAAAGGAUAUGGAGAAUCUGAAGGUUGACAAGGAGGAGAUCCAUCUUCCACCCAGGAUGGUGAACCAGACACAGGUCAUGGGGCGAGAGGUGAGGGAGAUCUGUCAUGAGAUGAGCACCAUAAUGUCGGUGGUGAACCAGCGGUCCGAGCAGCAGGCUCAGAAGCUUGAGGGGAUGGAAAAACUGGUCCUCAGCAUGCAGCAGAUGAUCAGCUUCAUUGGGGAGACGGUGAAGAGUUCGAGGGUUAUGGAGCUGAUGUUCAAAGGCCCGGCAGCUCGGAAGGGCUCCAAGCCCAAAGACAAUAAAGGCAAGCAAGCCAUUAAGAGGAAAUCUACAGACACAAUAAACAAGAAGCUUGACAAGAAACCUACCUCUAAUAAAGCCAGUAAAGGGAAUCAGGAGAUAGUACCUGCAUGUGAGCCCAGUUCUCCACAGCCUUCUCACAAGAUAAAGCUCCAUGGACCAAAGCAUUUCCUCGCCUCUCGCAAAAGUGGAAAAUUUUUGAAGGACCACAAAGGUAAAGAUGGGACAGAUAAGCCCUGUUUGAGCCCCAAGGGUCUGAAAGCUCAAAAGAAGAUGAAGCCACCAGACACAGCAGAAAAUAUCUCCUUGAAGAAGCAGAUGUUGCUUCUUGAAGAGGUGCAGAAACUCAACAGGGAGAAUGCAGAGAAAUCAGGUCAGCAGAUCACCCCUGGAUAUUUGGAUCUGGAGGCUGGAGUGUCCCCUAAAGAUCAACAACCCGAAGCCCCUGCUUGCAACUUGGUGGAUUUCCUACGUGAAGAUUCGCAAGUGGCGGUGGUGGAAAAAGAUGAGGUUGUUGAGGCGGUUAGUGAAGAGGAGGUUGUGGAAAAGGUGCAGGAGGCAGAGCCAGUGGUUACAGAGGAGGAACCCAAGCUUGAUGUGGAGGGUAUUGAGAAAGAGAAAGAGGAAGAAAAGCCCCCAGUCCCAGAGGAAGUGAAGGAAGAGGUUGUUUCUCCUGCUGAAGAAACUACAGAGUCCCCUGCUGCACAUGAUGAUGAAAAAGAACCAACUGCUACAAGCAGUGAUGAACACAAUGACACCUCCCCAUCUCCCGAGGUCGAGCCGGAGCAGAUAUCAGAGGCCAGCAGUGCCAAGUUCUUUGUGACUGAGGAACACAUUGUAGUGGAGGAACACAUAAAGAGCCAAGUGGUAGAGGUGGUGCAGGUGGUGCAGGAGGAGGAGAAGAAGGAGGACGAGGAGGAUGAACAGAGUCUGGAGUCUGAGGGCUGGGCCGUCUUCAGGGCAGAUGGGGUUGAAUUCCAGUUGAACCUAAAACAAAGGUUGGAGAGAGAGAGAAAGGACAAUGAUGCAGAAAAGGAGGAUGAUGAGGAUGAGGCAGAGCGGUACUUUAUUGACACCACUCCUCCUCCAGCGGCUCCUUUCAAUCACCGCAUCGUUUCUGCCAAGCCCAACCAGAUAAUCAACUUCUACACCAUCAACUGGCAGGAAGUCCUGGGCGGGGGUCGUUUUGGCCAGGUGCACAAAUGUGUUGAAAACUCUUCUGGCCUCACUUUGGCAGCAAAGGUCAUCAAAGCCAGGAGUCUGAAAGAAAAGGAGGUGGUGAAGAAUGAGAUCCAGGUCAUGAAUAAUCUGGACCAUGCCAACCUGAUCCAGCUCUAUGCAGCUUAUGAGUCAAGGAAUGACAUCAUCCUUGUACUUGAAUAUGUUGGUGGAGGGGAACUGUUUGAUAGGAUCAUUGAUGAGAACUACACCUUAAUGGAGCUGGACGCUGUGGUGUUCAUCAGGCAGAUCUGUGAGGGCCUGCAGCACAUGCACAAAAUGUACGUCCUACACCUGGACUUAAAGCCAGAAAACAUUCUGUGUGUGAACCGCAUCACGAAUAAGAUCAAAAUCAUUGACUUUGGUCUUGCUAGGGUAUAUAAACCCCGGGAGAAACUGCGAGUGAAUUUUGGCACUCCAGAGUUUCUGGCUCCUGAAGUCAUCAACUACGACUUUGUUUCGUUCAACACAGACAUGUGGAGCCUCGGCGUCAUCACCUAUAUGCUUCUGAGCGGUCUCUGUCCCUUCCUUGGUGACGAUGACAACGAGACUCUGAAUAACAUCUUGUCCUGUAAGUGGAACUUUGAGGAACAAGAGUUUGUCGAUACAUCUGAAGAAGCCAAGGACUUCAUCUCAAGACUGCUCAUCGUGAAUAAAGGUUGGAGGAUGGGGGCAUCUGAGGCCUUGAGACAUCCUUGGCUAUCUGACUCAGUCCUUCAUCAUCGCCUUUAUACAAAGAAAACUAUGUGCAGAUCACGGCGAUCAUCGUGUGUGCCAACAACUGAUAGUUGAGGGCUACAAUGAUGUGACGGCUCCAGCUGUGGCCACUUGGACCAACCCUCCUGUCCAUGUAAAUUACCUAAUUUUGAGUCCCUGCACCUGAAGGCACGGGCUGAAAUUCUGGCUACCCCACAAAACCUUUUCCUGACCUGUGAUCCACUGUGUUGUGUUAAUGUAAGCAAUAGAAAAAAACUAUAUACAGAUAAAAACUGUUUAAUAGUAGUCAAUGACUUUUCAUGAAGAUGCCUUGGCCUUGAAUUAUAUACAAUUUAAAACUGUAUUGCUGGAGAAACAAAGGCUGAACAGAAAAACAAUAGCAUCUUUUAAUAUGAAUCAAUCAAGCAGAAUUACCAUGCAAUAAAUGCUACUUUUGUGAAGCUUACAAUGUUCAGUUAUUAUUGAAACUGUGAGAGAAAUGGCUACUCAACUGUUUAGGUUGUUUCUGUUAGUGCUGUAUUGGAUUGCUUUACUUUGCAAGGUGUUUCCCAUUUCUAAACGGUGCUAAUGGUGGUCAUAAUCUGACCCGGUUUCAUCACACAGGUAUUAUCAUAAGAACUUGAUUGUGUGGGCCAGCUUUGCCUUGAAAGUUGCAUGUGCACAGUGUACUACCUACUUCACUUUUAAAUGUCCACUCCUCAUAUAUCUCUAACCAAACACACUGUGCGGUUAUUGUCUGCUGCUUUUCUCAUUUUCUGUUGAUAGAUAAGAACUUUAGAAACAUACCUCAGCUGCUUAUGUAUUGAGGCUACAGCAUGAUUAUAUAUUAUGUGACUGUAAUAAUCUGUGUUUAAUUUCUCCCUGCUCAGUUACAAACAUUAUCCAAUAUCCUUUUUCGGGCUGUAAAUAAAUGCUGAGCUGUAGAUGAAUACAAUUCAGAUUUUGUUAUAUCUUAGGGGAUAGACUGUUGUACGUAUGGAGAGAAUAUGGAAUUUGUGUGGUCUGUGUCAUGAGCUGUAGUAUGUGCACUUUAUAAUGUUAUGUAUUUGAACGUAGAUUAUACAUGAAGCCACCAUAGUUCCUCUGAAAAGGCUUGUGUGGUCAGAUCUUUCUCAUCCUGAUUUGUCCAGGUGUUUAUAAAGAAAAUACUUUAUAAAAAACAGUUCACCAACACAGUUAAUGUCUUAUCAGCUAAGCGUAGUAUUUUAAUUCUUUGUUGCAUGUCUCUAUGUGUUUUAUUAAAGCAGACAGUAAAGCUUAAACUUGAUACACAGAAAAAUAACUUUUUUUAACUUUUUUUUUAUUGUACUGUAUGCUUGAGCUGUCAUACCACUUUAGUGCCACUGUAUAGCUGCCACUUCAUGCUACUGUAGAUGCUAUUUCCACAAAACAGUGUUAAUUUUGAAAUGCCUUCUGUGAAGGUUCACUAACUGAAAUAAUACACAACUUACCUAAUGUUGCCUACAUUGAUAAAAUGUUGUUAGAACUGCAUAUAUGUGGUUUUAAUUUAACUUCAUGAUGAAUGUAAGUUGUUGAACACAGAAUGCUAGUAAAAGAAGUUGUCCUCACCGAGUGUUAACAAUUUCAAAAUUCAGCAUGUAUUUGUGAAGUGUGUACACAUCCAUUAAACUGAAAUUGUGUCUUAAA